UGUUGAGUAAAAAUAAUUUUUAAUUUAUACUCCAUUUAUUAAUUUCAAAAAAUUUGUUUUCUAUUUAAAUACUUUAUCAAAAAAAAAACAAAAAAAAAUUAUAUAUAUAUUGUAUUAUUAAAUACUUGUCACAAUGAAAAGAUCAUGCUCUGCUCCAUGUUUGGUAGAAGAUGACAAAAUAAAAAAAUUUAAAGGAAGUAACAGAAAUGAAGAAAAAAAUGGAGAACAUGAAGAAAAACAAGAACCAAAUACGCGUGAAUAUUUACAGCUGGCCCUAAAAAAAAUAAUUGAAUUACAAAAUUCGGUUAAUGAUGAUACAUAUUUUAAUGAUAAUACUAGUGAAUUAGGUGAUGAUACAGAUGAAAACGUAAUGCGUGAAGUACUGACGAAUGUAUUCAAAGAUUUACCAGGAUCAUCAAAAUCAAUGAUAUCAGUAAUUGAACGUGCGACAAAACCACAACCAAGUGAAUUAAAUCGCGUACGUGACAAAAGUAUACAACUGUCUGGUUACGAUACAUGUAGACGUGUUACUGUUGACUUUAUGCGUAAUGUUGUAAAACAUACACCCAAAUACGUGAGUAAUAAUGACAAUAUUACGGUUAAUAGUAGUAAUCAUCACAAUGGUAAUGAUAACACGAUAAAUACAAGACGCGAGACAUUGACAAAUGAAUAUGAGUUACGUCAUCGUAUGCUGAAAGGACUGGAUCUGCAUUUAGCUGUCAAGCAGCGGGAUUACACGUUGAAAUUAAUGAGACUCUAGUUUUAAUUAAUGUAUUAAUUAACAAAUAUUUGUGAGCGAGCUAGUCAGCAUUUUUGUACU